AUGGGAGGUAUGGGCAUGGGAGGUAUGGGCAUGGGAGGCAUGGGCAUGGGAGGCAUGGGCAUGGGAGGCAUGGGCAUGGGAGCAAUGGGCAUGGGAGGCAGCGAAAUGGGAGGAACAUCGAUGGAGGGAGCCAACAAACAUUUCAACGACAUGAUAGCGAAAAAGAGCUUCGGAAAACAGGGGGGUCAGUUUGAUCAAGGGAUGUCCGGGUUUUCCAAGGGCGGAGGGUUGAUCAAGGACGUCAAGGGCGAUUCGGGAUUCUACAGUGGCAUUAAGGGCAUGAAGAACAUGUUCGAGGAUGGUAGUGUCUUCAAGGGAGGGCAGUAUUUUGGAAAAGAUGGUCAAAAUCAAGGGCAAGAAGACGCUAAGAAGGGCCACAAAAAGGGCCACACCGUCAAGGGCUUCAAAAAGUCCCACCAAACGGACGAAUCCAGCAACACCGAAGAAAUCUACGACGAAGAACACGACGAAGCCGAUAAGAAGGCCGUGCAAGGGCAAAAGGGCCAGUUCGGUCAGACCGACAGCAGCGCCUUCAAGGGCGAAAAGACCGAUGCCAAAUUCGCGGAAGGGAACAAGAACGAACAGGGCAAGUACCAGAACGAGGUACUUGCGGAUAAAGCGGAGGCCCUUCAAGGGAAAUUCGGAUCGAAUAAGUUUGGAGCAGAUGGCGCUGUUUUCAGUGGGAAUAAUGGCGGCAACAUCAAUAGUAAUGAAGGCCAUCAAGGGUAUAACAAAGUCUACAAACACGUACCAAUGCAUUUCUAGAAUACCAAAACGAAACAACUGAAACACUAUUACUGAACUGUGGAACUGUGACAUCAAAAUGCAUGACCG